AUGCAACCAAUUUCUGAAAUUGACUGGGACAAAGGUGAUAAGGAUGGGCUUGUCUCCGUCGGUUCCCAUAAACUCUAUCUGUCCGUUUCGGGGCCAGAUCGCAAGCCUGGAAAGCCUAUCGUCGUUCUCAUGCAAGGCGUUGGCAGCACGAUCGAUGAGUGGAUUGUAGUGCGAAAGCUUGUGGUUCCAUUUGCUCGUUGGUUGAACUAUGAUCGUUCAGGGAUGGGUAGGAGUGAAGGUCCCAACCAAGCACCACCAAGCAUAUCUGCAGCAUCAGUCGCAGCAGAGCUUGAUACUCUCUUAAGGAACGCCGGUAUUGAGCCUCCGUUUAUCAUUGUCGCUCACUCCUGGGGAGGCUACACUUCUCGCGAGUUUCUGGAACUCAGGCCCAAUGAUGUCGUGGGCAUGGUGUUCGUGGAUUGCAAUACUGAACGUUUCUUUGACAGUGGUGCGUGGGGAUGGGACGUUUUCUAUCCAGUCCUCGGUGGCCAAGAUUUUUUUGAAACCACCGGUCUUGCAACGUCCCAUGUCCUAUCCGAGGAGGAGUGGAAAGCCGUCAAAGACGAGCAGGCUGAUCCCCGACAUCAAGCCACCGAGGCUGCUGAGUUGCAGGCGGUGCCGAAUGACAGACGAGCAUUGGUCCACAAGAACCAACUCGAAAAGCUACUUCUCAAGGAUCAUCCGGUCAGUGUCAUCAUUGCGGAUACACCUAAAGAUUUCCAGAAAAUGUAUGACUUUGGAGUGGCCGCAGGCAAUGGAACAGAACAAGAACGAGCUCUGUUUCGAAAAUGUCUCGAUAGAUGGCGCGAGAUGAAUGAGGAUUGGCAAAGAGAGCUUUUGAGGCUUUCUCGUCUCAGCAGAUUUGUUCGUCUGCAUUGCAGUCACAAUGUGCAGCUUUUACAACCACAGAGCAUAAUUCAAGAGAUACAGUGGACAAUGGAUAGCUGCAGCUAA